AUGAGCGGUGAAACGGUAUCGCAGUGGUACAACGACCACGUCGAGCUCGAAGAUAAACGUUUGAUUUUGGGCAGAUUGGAGUAUGAAGUGACGCUUCACUACAUCCGAGAAGCAAUUGACUGCAUACAGCGUCAAGAGGGACAUACCAACCCAUUGAAAAUCGCAGACAUUGGCUGUGGCACCGGAGUAUACGCCAUCCCUCUCGUCCGCGCCGGCCACCACCUCUCCAUCAGCGACAUCUCCCCUUCCUCAGUACACCUCGCCCACCAAAAAGCCCGCGCCGCUGGCCUGCGUUUCACAACAACCUUCAGCCUCGAUGCCCGCUGCCUCCGCUACCACGCAGAGAUCUACAAGCCCGCCCACUACGACAUCGUCCUCCUCCUCGGCCCCGUCUACCACAUCCUGUCGGGGCCCGACCGCUCCGACGUCCUCUUGGCAGGUUUAGAAACCGUUAAGCCCGGUGGAUUCAUGCUCGCGGCGUUUGUGACGAAGAAUGCGCAUUUGCGGGAUGUCGCCACGAGAGACCCCGAACGUUUGCAUACGGAGUGGGGGUUCUAUGAGGGGUAUUUGCGGGAUGGGAGGUAUGCGAGGGGAGGGAAAGCGCCGAUGUGGCAUGGGACGAUUGGGGAGAUACGGGGGUUGAUUGAGGGAUUGCAGAGGGCGGGUGGGGAGAAGGGGGUUGAGAGUGAGGUCUUGAAGUUGGUGUCUUGUGAGGGGUUCUUGGGGUUUGGGCAUGCGUCGCAUUUGGCGUCGUUGGGUGAGGAGGCCUUUGAGAGGUGGCUUGGGGUUGUGUUGGAGAGUGCUGCGGAUGACACUACGCUUGGGGCUGCGGAUCAUGUUCUUGCUGUUAUUCGGAGAACGAAGUAG